AUGCCUGUGCGUAGUGAAGAGAUCGAUUACUUGAUAUAUCGCUACUUGCUCGAACAUAAUUACGCACAUUCUGCCUUCGUUUUUAACAGUGAAGCUAACGUGGAGAAGAAUGCUGCUGCUCAAAAAUUAGAUAUAGGCUCUGUAAAGCGCGAUGCUUUGGUAUUAACUAUUCGUCGUGCUAUGCUAUAUAAAGACCUCGUUUACCACACCCCUUUGGAUGGACCGAUGAUAAACUGUAAAGCUGAAUUAAACUUGAUUGGAAAGCAUGUAUGUGAUAUACCUGAUAAUGAAAGUACUGAGGAGACAAAUACUAAUUCUCCGGACGGUGAUUCUCCUCCACAUGGACCUAAUGAAGUCCAAAGGGAUGGCAACAGCGAUAAUAAUAUUGAAAAUAGGGGAAAUAAUAAUAACUCGAGUAAUUCAAAUGGUAAUAAUAGUAUAACUAAAUCGUCGGGCACCGCAAGUGGAAAUUUAAAAUCAUUCAUUUCUGAAGGCGAAGUAGAAAUUCGUAACGACUUUGUCUCUUCUAAAUCUGAUCGGGAUUUCCUUCCUUCUCAUUCUGAUAAUAUUCCCGAUCCUGUUUCAACUCAAAGAAGAAAAAGAAUUAGAAGAAAUUCUGAAAGUGUUCGUAAUGAUAUUAUUCAAAAUAAUUCGGCUUCUCCUAUGAAAUCUUUAAAAGGUUCUAAAUCUGAUGAUUUAAAAUCUGAUGUCUCUCGUCGUAAGAAAUCUAAAAAUAUUGAUGAUGAUGUGAAAUCUCCUUCUGAUGCUGAUUCUACUCAUAGUCAUGAUGAUCCUCCUGAAUCAAGUAAAAAACCUAUUAUUACUAGAGGUCGUAGAAAAUCUCAAAAAUCCGUAGCCUUCGGUUCAAAAAUUAUUGUUAAAAAAUCAAAACCUUUACAUAAAAAUCUUCAUCUUUCCGAUGAUGAGUGUGAUCCUCGUACUAUUUAUUCCGAUUCUUGUGAUCCUGAUCCUCUCGCUGAUGAUAUGGAAAUUGAUUCCCCUCAAAAUAUUCCUUCUCCUUCUUCUGUGAUUAGAAAUAUGUCUCUUCCUACUCGUUCUUUACUUCAAAAACCUAUUAUUUAUAAAGUUGAUGAUAAAAGUCAUACUCUUUUAAAUACCCUUUUACGUCAAGGUGAAGAAUUUAUGACUUGUGCUUGGAAACCUGGUGAUUAUGUUUUGGCUACUGGUGGAAGAGAUGGUAAAGUUAGAAUUUGGAAAGAUAUUAAUGGUGACGCUACUAAUUCUUGGAAAAAUGUUAUGAGUACUACUUAUCAUCUUAUUACGAGUCAUGAUCCUAUUGUUACUUGGGUUGAAUGGACUGUAAAAGGUGAUAUGAUCGCUUGUUCUUAUGAUACUGGAAUCGCUGGUGUUUAUCGUGAUGAUUGUAUUUUUCGUAGAAAAUUAGAUGGCCAUAAAUCAAGUGUUUCAAAGAUAAAAUGGAGUCCAAAAGGCGAUUAUUUGGCUACUGUAAGUUGUGAUGUUAAUAAUCUUAUUUUAUUAUGGGAUUUGGAUGGUAAUUAUUCAAGGCUUGACGAUUUACAUAAGAAAACUGUAACUGACGUUGCUUGGAAUGAUAAUGCUUUGGCUUCUUGUUCAAGUGAUGGUAAAGUCAUUCUUUGGAAAUUAUCUUCUAUUAAUGAUAAAUUAGAAAUUCGUCCUUUUGAAUAUGCUGGUCAUGAUGGUGGAGUUUUUUCUAUUCAAUGGGAUCCUACAAAAAAUUAUUUGGCUUCUUGCGCAAGAGAUGGCACUUGUAAGAUUUGGUCUAAUGAAAAAAAAGAUCCUUUACAAACUAUUUCUUCCGAAGAUGGUGAUAUCACUCUUGCAAAAUGGCAUCCAAAAUCUACUUCAGAGCAACAUUGGUUACUCACAACUUCCAAAGAUAGUGGUGUAGUACGCUUUUGGGAUGCUAUUGAACCCCGUUGUUGGCACAAGAUACAUCUACAUCAAUCUCAUAUUAAUACUAUUGAAUUUUCUCCUGAUGGUCGUUAUUUUGCUUCGGGUUCUAAAGAUUCUUUUUUGAACAUUGUCGAUGUAAAAACUUAUUUGACCGUUGAAACUCAUUGUCUUGGUAAUGAUAUUAUGAGUAUUGAAUGGAAUCAUAAAUCUUCUCAAAUAGCUGCGAGAUUACAUAAUGGAAAUGUAUAUGUAGUAUUGGUGUUGGAUGUAAAAAAAAA